AUGUCUAGGAUUCAAGGAUUUUUCGUGUUUGCUUUUCUUCAAAUUAACAGUGUUUUUAUGACCAGUAAGAACUAAUUGCAAAUUUAAAAUAUGAUGUAUAUCCUAUUAACCUGUAAUGCUCCAGAGCAUCGUUCCUCUCUAGGAAUUCACUUGUAACUUAAUUGGUAAAAUUUUAAAGUGAAGUUGGAUAUUCCCAGUGGUUCACAUCCAAGUCCUCAAGUACCCCCUAAUAGUCCAGGAUUCAGGGAUUACCCAGUUGUGUCUAAGAUGUUUUUAGAAAAAAAAAUCCACCAAAAAGCACUUUAUACACAACAGGGUAAUAUCUAAAUCCUGGACUGGUAGAGGGUACUUAAGGACUGGGUUGGGAACCCCUGCCUUAGGAGAUUGCAGCAAUCUGUCAAUGGAAUGUUGAGAAUUCCAAUGGUCCAUAUACUAAUAAUAGAAGUUAUAUUAUCAGUUUAACUCUUUGUAUAUCAGUAUGGUGUGGCAUACAAUACAAACAAAUCUAAUCUGUAGAAUGUAUGCGCUGCCAAGAUAAAAUAAAUUGUUGACAAUUAGAAGUAGCAUCUUGCACUGACAUUUUUUUUAUAAAUGACUAGAACAUUAAACUUAACAUAUUUUAGUCCAAUAUUCCCGUUGUGAGUUGUUAAAUCAGUAAUUUUUUUCAUAAUGGAAAUAUAAUCUAAAUGGAAUCACAAGAAAUAUAAUAAACCCCCCCACACUCCUGUAAGAUAUUUGUAUGACAUAAAUUAAUUGUUAAACUAUCACAAUAAGGCUAUUAUGUUAAUGCAUGUGUUGUUGAACAUCCAAGCUGAUUCCAGCUAUGUCUUCUCUACAGCCUCUGCUGUCUCUCUCAUUAUUUCUCCCCCGGAAAGGAAAAUCACUGCCCAGAUUGGGGAACCACUUCAUAUAACUGCUGAGGCCAUGGACUGCGAAGACCCUUCAUUUACCUGGUCUAGUCUUUUGGACAAAACAUUAAGUGGAGCUGUCAGCACUAAUGGAAGCAUCUCCAUCCUUAACAUGAUGGUCAGCAUAGACAGUGAAGGUCAAUACGUGUGUAAAGUCUUCUGUAAGAAUGGAAGGUCAGAGAAAACCUUCAUAAUCAUUUCAUACUGUAAGUAUGUUCUUUUGUUUUUUAAAUCUAUUCAUGCACGUUUAUUGUAAAUCUUGGAAGCAUUGUUAUAAACCUCAAAUGUAGUAAAAGUGCCAAUUUCUAUUGAAUUGUGCCAUUUUAGUAAAAUGAAAAAAGAGAAUUCAAUGUUCACUUCAGCAAGCUAAAGUUCUUAAUGGGUUUAGAGAGUAGUAGCAACAACAUUUCACGUAUUUUAUUUUUUUAACAUGAUCCAUGAGAUUGUGAUGAGCUAGGACAAAUUCAUAUAUGGAAGGGUUAAAUGAUGUAUUUUUCCCAUUUUAAGAUCUGUACAUUACUCAGUACAUCAUAUGCACACUUAAUAAUGUUCCACAGAACCUUUACCAUCAUAUGAUUUUACUUUUUAAAUUUCAUCUGUAGAAUGUUAGACACUGCUGGGAACUGUCCAUAGCAAUCUCAUAUUGCAAGAGAGUGAUAUUUUUAAAUAAAAAUGCAUCACUUUUCUGUAAAUGUUAUGCUGCUUUUUAUAAUUCACUGAUUAUAAUAAAGUAAGACUAAGCCUGCCUGAUACAAAUUGUUGUGGUAAUCUCUUUCUCAGAAUAGAAUUGAUUAUAGUUUUUGUCACAUCACAGCGUUUCCCAGUGACCCUGUGCUGGAGGUGUCCUCUUUGAUGGUUGGCGUUGAGUCCACAAUCACCUGUGCAGUCCCCUAUGUGUAUCCCGCAGAAAUGAUGACUGUUCAAAUUCUGAAGAAUGAAAAGAUGAUUGUGGAAUCGGACUUAUAUACAAUAAUAGAAGAUAAACCCAUAAACAUCAGUGUAUCAUACAGCUGGACCCCCGAAGAAGAAAACGAGGGCUGUCAAAUACUAUGUGUGGCACAACUGGAAUUUCCCAGUGGAGGGAUUGAUCCAAAGACAAGAGACACCAGAAUGAUUCUUAAUCUUAUCUGUAAGUGGCAAGUUUUUUGGCAAACAUGCCUUUAUUUCUUAGUGAAACUGACUAGGCUUGUUCUUCAGGUCACUAACCUUUAAUUCAGGUGUUCUUACAAGUGAUUUCUUGUAUGACAUCAAAUAUUGUUUCUUUAUGAUCUACCCAUAAACCUUCCUCUAUGCUGAUCUGAGAAAAAAAGAAAGUGGUUUUCAGAUAGAAUUUUUAUCAACCAAACAUAGUUCCAAUGAAAAGGUACAGUAUUUUCAGACACCAUUCUUUUUUUCUCUAUUCAUUUGCAAUUCUCUGAUGUACAUAAUAAAUAAAGAUAGGGCUAUCAAGGUAGCCGUUUGUACACAUCAUCUUGGAAUAUACUUUCAUGGUUGCAUUAUUUGAUUAACAAAGAAAUAUAGCAAUUUAAGAAAUGAAUGGCAAAACUGAGGUUAAAAUGGCCAAUUUAGAGAAAAUAUCCAAUUCAGCAAUAAUCACGUCAUGGUUGUUUUGUCCUAAAGUUGGCUAUUUGUAUAUCAAUUCUCUUUAUCUCAGAGUUUAAUAAACUUUUAGAAUUGUUGAUAUCAUUUGGAUAUACAACAAUGCUAAUUACCAAUCUGCAGAACUGUGAAGAUGAGAAUAAUCUGUGUGAAUUUAAAUUGUAUUCUUCAGCAGAUGGCAUUAUUGUGCCCCUAACAAUGGCAACUUCCAUUGUCUUACAAUGUCACCACUUGCUAGUCCUCUGUGUAGUGUGUGAGCUACAUAGGCUGGACCCUUUCUUCUUUUCUAUGGUCAAAUUAAUUGUAUGUGUUAGAAUGGUGGUUGCUCAGUGCAGAGUACAUAUUCAGAGAAGGAUGAUAAAUGCAGAGAACUAAAAGUAUUUUUCAUAUAACUUAUCAAUUCAUACAUUUAUCAGCAAGCACAUAUCUGUCUGUGAUGUUCUUCUAUGUGAUUUAAAUGUAUAAAUAGGUAGCGAACCAAGAAACAAGAGAUUUAACAACACUUUGUCUCUUCCGAUACCAAUCAGUAUAAAAUGAUUCCAUACUUUAUAUACUCUAUCUAUUUGUCUGCAUAAAGUUUCUCAAUGUCCUGAACACAGGACCAGGCAUAAAUUCAACGUGAACGAAAUAGCAGAUCAAUGGUUUUUAAAAAGUAGAUCUUGGUUCUUGUUAGAUGUUAACUGAUUAUCAGUUUUCUAUUAGUGAAAUACAAGCACUAUAACCACAAAUUCAGAUAUUCAUGCAUCAAGUCAGUUUUAUAAGUCAGAAUCUCCCCAUUAACCUUAAUACGUUGACACUGGGGUACGUGUUAUGAGACUAAACUCACACUAUGAAAAAAACUUGAAUUUACAUUAUUUUGAAGUAAGUCUAAGUUUUUCUUUUACAUUUUUUUACAUUUUAUUUUCAUGAAGCAUAUUAUAGCUGAUACAUCUGAUUUUAAAUAUCCCAUAGUAGUUUGUAAUAUCAUAGUUAUGUUAUUUCUUAAUCUCAUAAUAUGCGUUUCAUACAAACAUAUUUCAAUCACAGUAAUUGCUCCAUUAAAACAUAAAUCAUAUAAAAGUCAAAGUUUUCCACCUUCUGUGUUUUAGAUCCACCUGGGAAUCUUAAUAUGGUAGUUCACCCAUCAACGAAGGUGAAAUGGAUGGAGACAAUAUCUCUGAGCUGUACGUGUGAUAGUAGAACUCCAGUCAAAAUAUGGUGGGUUAAGCAGAGAGGAGGUGAAACUUUGAAGAUUGCAUCUGAUGGGAACAGCAGUCUGGAAAUCAAUCAAGCACAAAUGGAAGACUCUGGCGAAUACAUCUGUUAUGCAGAGAAUGCUGCAGGGAAAAAAUCUGCUUCUGUUGAAAUCACAGUACAGAGUAAGAGACUUUUAAACAGUACCAUAUUUUUACCUUUGUUUCUACAGUAUAGUACCUCCUUUUGCUCCCUAUCUAUAACCCUAUACAACCUCAUUAUUUAGGAAUAUGUUACCUAUGACUUCCCAAUACCAUUUGCAUAAACCAUCAUACAGAAACCCAUCUGAUUGCUAUCAUGUAACCCUCAUCCUAUUGUUCUUCCAUAGACAUUUCCAUUUUACUCUUGCUUUUGUCCUACAUUAAGCCCUCAAAAAGACAUCUUCGUGUAGGCCUAUAAAAUGGCACUAUGAAAAAUAACAGCAUAUGUAUAACUCAAUGCUGACAAUCAUGAUGAGAGACACUAAUAGCAUCAUGUGUUUACCCACGUUGAUCACCAAAUACAUUCAUUGUUUGUAUAAGCAUGUUUAUUUCUGCUUCUUUGGUUUUCUUAGCUCUACCAGAUAAACCUACCAUCACCGUCAUACCAGAUACAUCAGUGACUCUGGGACAGACAGUUACAAUUGCAUGCUCUGUGAACAGCGGACCUUUAGCAAACGUUACCCUAUGGUUGGUGAAAGAAAACAAGACUAGACACUUAAUGGACAAUAAGGAUGUCUUUGAGAUACAGUCAGUACAAAUCCAAGAUGGUGCCACAUACAUUUGCCAAGCAGAGAAUCCUUUUGGAAAAGCAGAGGCAACAAAAACCCUUACUGUGAAAUGUAAGUAUGUGGAGUAAGUGUUCAGAGUGAUCUGCAUGUUGGAUCCUAGCUAAGAGCACCAUUUAGAUUUGGUGUCUGAUAAGAUCAGAUUUUUUGCUUUAAGUUAAUUAGUAAAGUUCAUAAUCUAAUAAGAUAUGACCGUUUGUAAACACCUCAAAUAUUUUUGCCAAUCUGUUUGUGAGAUAUGUUUGAUUCAAUUGUGGAUCUACUCUCAAGAAUUCUUCUUAAUCCUUCUAAAGUGCUGCAGUCUAAAAAAAAUACUGUAAGCUUAAACCACUUUGAGCAAAUGGUGAUUCAACACAACGCGACAUUAAUAUUUUACCACAGAUUCUGUUCAGAACACUGUGAUUUCUUACUUUCCAAAUAAUGUUACUGAAGACGACUCAAUAACUUUGCAAUAAUACAUAAAUUUAUUGUUUUGUAACACAUUUCUUCACUCAACAGUUCCACCCACGAACACACAAGUAAUAUUCACACCGUCUGCAGAAGUGAGGGAGGGCGAAUUUGUGCACGUCAUGUGCAAAUCAACUGGUUUUCCCAUCCCUGAGUUGAUCCUAAAGAAGAAGACUGAUGUCGGCCUACAAGAGUUAGAAAUGACUGAUGGAGAAUACUGGAUUGAAAGUGCUACAGCAGAGCAAGCAGGAACCUAUAUUUGUGAAUCAAGGAAUGAUAUUGGAAUUGAAAGUACAGAAGUCAACCUCACUGUACAAGGUACGAAAGCUAAAAAUGUGCAUUAGAAACCGAGAACUCAUUUAUUUGUAAUAUAGAAUUGCAUCUUGUUGUAGAUUGGGAAUUUAUUUUUUAUAUAUUCCCUAACAAGUGGUUCCCAAAAGAAAAUUACAAUAUUGAGUACUUUCUAAAACUAUAAAGCCAAAUUAUGCAGAUUUUCUAUUGUAUCCUCUCUCUCUCAUCAGUUUCUCAGGGUUGCAAACUACAACUCCCUCAAUACUUUUGUAGUGUUCUAGUUCUGCUGUUUCUGGUUAUUUACCUUUUGACCACUGGUGGUAUUAAUCUGUUCCUCCAAAAAGUUUCUAAAUUGUGUUCCCUCUCUUCCAUCCAUAGUUCCACCCAAAAACACACAACUAAUCAUCCUACCAUCGUCAUCGGUGAAGGAAGGAGAAUCAAUCAGCAUCUUCUGCAAUUCAACAGCAUUGCCACAACCUGAGAUCAUCCUAAAGAAGAAGGGUCUGGAGUUAGAAAGUCAUAAUGAAGUUAUCGAUAUUAAAAGUGUUAAACUGGAGGAUGCAGGGACCUAUAUAUGUGAAUCCAGGAAUGUUGUUGGAUUUGAAAUCACAGAAACAACACUGAAUGUACAAGAUAUGAAAGAAGGUAUGAAAUAAAGAAAUAUUCAUGUCCAUGCACUAAACGAUAAUCUGGUUUUAGACACUAAUGUGUUAGACUAUUUAUAGGCCAGCUACAUCAAUGGAAUGGAAUCAUUAUUUUGAUAAUAGUCAUAUGUAUGAACCGAUAUUGGUGAUAGGAAAUACUGCACACUGUAUAAAACAUAUCACACUCAAUCCAUUAACAAACAAUAGCAUUCUGUGCAGUUAUUUCAUUCUAAUUCAUACAAACUAUUGGUUCUAUGGACAUCUGCAUAUCUAUAGAACCCUCAUAUAACUGAGUGAGAAAUUCAUUCUAUAUCAGACCACAAUUGUUACGACAACAUGAACGAUUGUAGAUUAAUGUAUAUUUUGAGAUAUAAAUGAAUUUCACAUUUUUAUUUACUUAAUCAAAUUUGUGGUCCUGCCUUUUUAGUUGCUUCUGAAAACGUGACAGUGGUUGUAACACCAUCGGAGGAUGUCACAGAAGGUGACACCGUCACAAUUACCUGCGAGACCUACAGCAUAUCCUCCUCAACCAUCCUUCUGCAGAAAGUGUGUGCGGAAAAUAGUACUAUCAUUCAGGCACAGAAUGGAACCUUCACCUUGCGUAAUGUCACCCUCAAUGACUCUGGGAACUACACUGUCAUCUUACCUAAUGAAGCAGGAAAAAGGACCAAAGUUAUUGAGAUCAAUGUUCUAGGUCAGUAGAAUGUAUAUAUUAACAAAAAGUAAAACAUUACUACUAGGUCUAUCUAAAUUAUAUUAAUCUGGACAAAGAUGCCAAAAAUCCUAAAAUGAAAUCUGCAGCACCCAGCUCACAAUAUUAAAAAUGUUUAUAUACAUAUAUAUUUAUACUUUACUGAGACAGUACACUGAUAUUUCCUGGGUACAUAUUACAUAGGUAAACAGAAUACAAAUAUUUUAAGGGAGAGCAACAAAAUCAGUCAGCUGAAUAUUGUAACAGAAAUUACGGUAAGUAAACAUUCAGCAGGAACAUGCCCAUCCAUUGGCAGCAAGAACAGCUUUUCCAGAAAUAGGAAAUCACAUCCGAGUGACAAAAUUCUGCAUUAUACAAAUUUUAAAAGAAAACAGGGAUAAUAUUUUCAGAUUGUUGAAGUGAUCUUUCAUUAGAACACAUCAAUGUUAAGUGAACUCCAUCAUGUUAACAUAAGAGUCCCGUAUUAAUCUGGAAAUAAUCUCAUGUAUCUAUUUAAGUGUGCUACUUAGCACAUAUUGCAGAAAGAGAAUUAAAAACAUCCGGUUAUUGCAAAUGUAAGCUUGCACCUCACCAUUCAUCCUUUCUGGUCAUCCAGAAUUUCUUUACUUUCUGGACUGAUUAGAGAAAACGUUGAAGAUGUUGGGCUGAUCAGAAUUACUUCAUACGAUGACUACUUGUUGCUCUGUUGGAUCCAAAUGCAGGGCAAAUAUUUAAUUUCUUACCAAAUCUACAAAAUCAUAAAUUUUGAUGGCAGAAUGUUUAGAUUAAAUUACUUCAAUUUAAUGGGAUGUCACUCACAAAUGGGGUCACUUUAAAUGGUUUCCCUGUUCUGUUAAUAUUCUGCAAUUCUGUAUCAGUCUAAAUGAUUGAAUUGGUUUAUAUAUAUGGCUAGACAAGUAAACUUCGCUGCACGUAAGGGCACUCUGGCAAUAGAAAUUGUGUUGUGUAUCUUUUGCAUGCAGUCUAACAGGGGUUUUCUAACAUGUUCUUUUGAGAAUAACAUCUGGAGAUGAAGAUUCAAUAGACAGGAAAUGAUGUAAUUUAGGAGCCCAAAAUAUCUUAUGAAAAAAUAUAAAGAUUUCAUUUCAAAUCCAUUCUUAGAGGCACAUGUUUAUGGUGUUUUGCUUCAGGUUAAGUUAAUGUACACGUAACACAAGAUAGGGGAGCAAUAAUAUAUGGUUCCCAUAAGGCUCUUUUUUGUUUGAUACAUAAAAGCUUAGAGCCAUUUAAAACUUUGAUUUUCUAGAAAAAUUAUCUUAUAGUCAUCAAAACACCUACAUAUUAUACGAGGAAAACAAAAAGAAUUAACCUAGGGCCAAAAUUUAGAUAUCACAAGGUAGAGGGCACAAAAAAGGGGGGUAACCCCUAAAUGGUGAAUAUCAUAGAGAAUAAACAAAAAAAGAAACAAAUGCCAUUCUACCUGUGUAUGAUUUACUGAGAAGAUUAUAGAUUAAAAAGUAACUUUUAAUAAAUAAAUCUAAAAUCAAAAUAUAUAGUAUAGUCAGUGUCUGCAGACCUUUUUUCAUGUAAACACUGUCUUUUCAGAGAAAAGGCAGUGUUUACAUUGCUGGCUAUGGACAUCUUCAGUAGCAGUCACAAAGACGGCCACUAGAAGUGCUUCCUGGGUCAUUGCUGCACACCGUGCAGCCCUGAUGCUCAAUGUCUCCUUGCUCUGAAUGGAGGCACUGAACUUUUAUCAUAGAGAUGCAUUUAUUCAGUGCAUCUCUAUGAUGAGAUGCUGAUUGGCGCAGUGCAGCGUUUUGUCGCUCUUGCGCAUUAUUAUUAUUUUAUUAUUUAUAUAGCGCCAUCAGAUUUCGUAGCGUUGAACAAUGGGUGCUUUCCUAUGGGAGCUUUUAGAUAAAUUGUCUGGAAUGUUUUCCUAACAGUAUAGAAUAAAUGGAAAGCUUAUUAAAUCAAGGCCAACAUUUUUUAAAGUCCAAAUAGUGUUGAAAAGUGUCAUUAUUGUGUUGAAAAGUGUCAUAGUUUACAACAAUCCUUGAUAAAUAUACUCUGUGGUUUCCUAUAAGGUGACAAUAAGAAAUAAUUACCUCAAUAAUAUCCUAAAUUUACAAAUCUCUUAAUUUUAGUCUCAAGACUGGGUUUAUCUGGUGUCCAAUCCUAUUUUGGGGAGAUGGCAUUUUACAGGCCUAAGUCAGUGCUUGAGCAUUUUCUAGAUUUAAAUUUUUUUACACAUACAAGUAUGAAUGUUAAUAUGCGUGUCUAAUUAUGUGUGUUAGUGUGCAGCUGUGAAUGUGUGCCUGUGUUUCUAUGUAGGUGUGUGAGUCUGUAUCUAAGUAUGUGUGUGCACGUGUCUAUGUAUACAUUAUUGUGUGUAAUGCUACAAAUGAAAGUGUUUGUGGCUAAUUUGAUAUGUGUAAGUGGUUAAUGUAUGCACAUGUGGCUUUUUAGGUACAUACUUACUUGAGUAUGAUUAAUUAAGUUUGUGUAUGUGUCUUCAUUAUGUGGGGGUAUGAUUUGCAGUCAGGUUUUGUUGCCCUCUGGGUCCUAGGCAACAAAAUGUCUUGCGGCCACUUUAUAUAGACUCCUCAAGGGACUUGUAUUUUAUCAAAUCUGAGACCAUGACAUUUUUGAUAAAUGACAAUUAUUUUGAUAACUGAUACUAUUUGACAUAAUAUUUUAUACCAAUGGUUUAUCAAAAGCAUGUAUUUUCCAAUUUUGCCAUGAUCAUGACAUUUUACUCUCUAUAUCAAGACACUCUCAUUCUUUUCCUUUACUUUUAUCCACAGUCAGGUUCUCUAAUUGUUGUGUAACUCUUAUUCUUUGUUUCAGAGCGCCGCGAGAGCCCGAAACCUAACUACACGGUCCCAAUUGUAGUGUUAUCCAUGGCUGUGUCAGCAGGUGUCAUAUGUUUAAUCAUUUAUCGUAUGAAACAAGGGAAUUUACAAGGGUCGUACAGCCUCGUGGAAGCUCUUAGAAGUAAAGUGUAA